UUCGGUUCGUUUCGUUCGGUACGAAUACAGCCCGAACGUGAACGAUUGGAAAUAAUCGCGAAGUUGAUGCUUAUCACGUGGUUUUUCCGUUCUAGAGUUUGUUUCAAGUGAGAAACGACCUUGCCGAAAGGCCCUAUUGUAACACAAGGAAAACGAGAGAGAAACGGACCGAGGUUCCGUUCGCUUGGAGGUUGAAUUGCGCAAAUCGUUAAAUUAAUUACGUGUUAAUAAUAAGACGUCGUUCGCUCUAUCACGUGAUUCCUGCAAAGUGUAGUGCGAAAAUAACGGAUUCUUCCGCGAGAAGAAUAACUGCCCGGAAAGUCGUCAGAGGCCUAGUCACGUGACCGAGCGACGUCGAAAUCGGGUCACGUGACCAUCCUACGUUCAGCGUGCACCUCCAGGACGACGGCAAACUUAAGAAAUGGCGUCUCGAACGGGGCACAAUCGAGAGAAGAAAAAUGUUGAAAUCAUGGUGGGUUUUAGCAUAAAUAAAGAAAAACUUACUAAUAAGGACUACAGUUUUGCUGGUGCAGCAAGUGGAGCUAUCACUAGAUUUUUAUUUCAACCUUUAGAUGUUGUCAAAAUUCGUUUUCAGUUGCAGAUAGAACCAAUAAGUAAAACCAGUGUUACUUCAAAAUACAAAGGAUUCAUUCAAGCCUUUUUUCUGAUUCCUUAUGAAGAAGGUAUUGGAGCGUUGUGGAAGGGUCACAUACCUGCUCAGUUUCUUUCAAUAUUGUAUGGUACAAUACAGUUUUCCACAUUUGAGCAUUUAACUUUUCGAGCCUGGAAGCAUCUUCCUCCAGACAUAGAAGCGAAUUGGAAACCUACCAUUCAUUUCUUUUGUGGUGGUGCAGCAGGAUGUGUGGCCACUGUCGGAGUGCAACCAUUUGACGUCCUUCGUACCCGAUUGGUGGCACAGGGAGAACCAAAAGCAUAUACAGGUAUGUAUCAUGGAGUAAUAAGUAUAAUAAGUCAGGAAGGUUCAAGAAGUUUGUACAAAGGUCUGGUUCCUACCCUCAUUCAGAUUUUACCAUACACGGGAGCACAGUUUAGCUUUUAUAAACUUUUUCAACAAUUAUGGAAUAAAUACACAAAUAGACCAUUGGGUCUGCUAGGAACGACGAUCUGUGCUUCCUCUGCUGGUAUAGCAGCUAAAGGUGUGGUAUAUCCCUUAGACUUAAUAAAAAAACGAAUUCAAAUUCAAGGUUUUCAGAAAGCCAGAGAACAGUUUGGAAGUUUUCGCAAGUACAAGGGUGUAACAGACUGCUUCAUUUCCACUUUAAGAGAAGAAGGAAUUAGAGGUUUAUACAAAGGGUUUUUCCCGAGUGUCGUAAAAGCUGCAGUUGUGACUGCAAGUUAUUUUGUAGUAUAUGAACAGAUAAUUAAAUUAUUACUUUUGAGACACCAGAAAGAUAAUAGAUAACUGUAAUUAGAAAUUUUAUUAUAAUAUUAUCUACUAAGAAUAAUAAUGUAUAAAGGAAUGUAAUGUAACUAUUAAAGAUGACCAAAAAAGUAAUAAUUUGCACUGUAA